AAAAUUUCAAAAAAAGAAGAUCAUAAUGUAGAGGCCUUCCAGAGGCAGUAUGGAUCCCUAGCAUCAACGGCGUAUAGCUAUUCAGACAUCAAGAAAAUGACAAAUUCCUUUAAGGAGAAACUUGGAGAAGGAGGUUACGGAGGGGUCUACAAAGGUAACCUUAAUGGUCAUCCUGUUGCUGUGAAGAUCUUAAAAGAAACAAAGGGGAAUGGAGAAGAAUUCAUUAACGAAGUUGCAAGCAUCAGUCGAACUUCUCAUGUCAACAUCGUUACUCUGUUGGGAUUCUGUUUGAAUCGUAAGGAGAAAGCUCUUAUUUAUGAAUUCAUGCCAAAUGGAUCUCUUGAUAAACACAUAUACAACCAAGAUUCUAACAUGGGAUGGGAAAUGUUAUACAAAAUUGCACUUGGGAUAGCUCGAGGAUUGGAAUAUUUGCAUAGAGGAUGCAACUCCCGAAUUUUGCAUUUUGACAUAAAACCUCACAACAUUCUUCUGGAUGAGGACUUUUGUCCUAAGAUAUCUGAUUUCGGUUUAGCAAAACUAUCUACUCGAAAAGAGAGCAUAAUGUCCACACUAGAAGCCCGAGGAACCAUUGGUUACAUAGCUCCAGAGGUGUUCAGUAGAAACUUUGGAGGAGUGUCCCACAAAUCUGAUGUUUACAGCUACGGAAUGAUGGUUCUUGAAAUGGUCGGAGGAAGAAAGAACUACAGUGCUGAAAGAAGCCAUAAUAGUGAAAUAUACUUUCCGCGUUGGGCUUAUCAACGAAUUUUGUUAGAUGAAGAACUAAUUAUAAGAGAUACGAUGACAAAUGAAGAAGAGGAGAUUGCAAAGAAAAUGAUAUUAGUUGGCUUGUGAUGCAUCCAAACAGAUCCCCUACAAAGGUCAGCCAUUGGUAAGGUAAUUGAAAUGUUAGAAGGUAGCUUAGAGGUCAUGCAAAUGCCACCAAAACCUUUCAUAUGUUCUCCUUCACAAUCAGAAGGAUCGACAUUGGAGCGACCAACAAAGCCACUCUUAUUUUCUACUUUGAGUUCGACGCUCGAGUCUACAGACUCAACAAUUGUACAAUUUGAAGAGUAAGUUUGUGGAC